AUGGAGGAGCUUCUGUCAAAGCACCGCAAGGAACAAAAAGAUCUCCAAGCGCGUAUCACGCAACGGAAAAAGUCCGCCACGAAGAAAACUCGCAAGGGUGUCAACGAUGAAUGCGAUCGGAUGCAGCACGAGUUGUCCGAUAAACAACAGGCUGAAAUUGCGCAAUUAAAUGGAGAUCCGGCCGAAGCACUAGAGGACCUCACCUUGGAAGAUGGCGAACCAAACGACGAAGAGAAACCCUCCGAGACCCCCAAAGAACCAGAGCCAGAGCCGGAAGUUGACUCUAAUCCAAACCCCUCCUCCAACACCAAGAAGCCCAACCGCCAGAAAGCUCGACUCGCCCGCCGAGCAGCCGAACAAGCUGCCCAAUCAGCCGCCGCCGCAGAAGAAGCCUCAACCCAAACGAACUACCGAGGCAACGAGCAGGAAGUCAUGGACGCAGUCUUCAAGAAACUCGGCUUGAAAGAAGUAGAAGUGACGCCGGAUGGUCAUUGUCUCUACUCAGCCGUUGCAAAGCAACUCGACGAGUCCGGGCUCGGCUUACGACCGGACCCAAGCCGAAUCGUCCUCCAGUCGUCUACGCAGUCACGCAUCGACACAGUCGCAUCUCCACAGCAUGACGGCUAUCGAGCUGUUCGCGCCGUCACGGCGGAUUUCAUUGCCGAACAUAAAGAGGACUUCGAGGCGUUCAUGGAGGAGCCUUUGGAGUCGUACACGCGGAAGAUUAAAUUGACCGCCGAGUGGGGAGGACAACUGGAACUGCAGGCCAUUGCGCGGGCGUACGGCGUGGAAAUCAACGUUGUACAGAGCGACGGACGCAUGGAAAAGAUCGAAAGUGGUGAAACCUUCGACGAGGAGGAAAAGCGCAAACGUGUGAUCUGGCUCGCGUACUACCGUCACACCUACGGACUCGGCGAGCAUUACAACGCCCUUGUGAAAAAGUCAUAA